AACCACAGUCCUCACUCCUCGGACAAUUAUAACUCGAUUCUUCUCUCGAGUCUCGGACUCCCUCAACGGACGAAACCUUCACCUUGGUUCAAAAGCAAAAGGCCUCUACUUUCCAAGCCCCCAAUUUAUUCCGGUAUACAAACUCUCAGAAGCCCCAAUUUGUGACCCAAACUGAAGACUGAACAAGUUUUGCAUGCCAUGAAGACCCACAAAGCUUCGAAUUCGAACAAGUCCUCUAAUGGAAGGAGGAUCGAAAAGAGGGGAACGAAGAGAAAGGCCUUAGAGCGAUGCUCAAGGCUUAAUUCUUCCAAGGACAUCUUGGAAGUCAAAGGAAUUAUUGAACAGGAUAUUAAUGAAGAUUCUAUGCUCCAACUUCCCGGCAUUCCUCUAGCUCCUUCCAGCCAGAAUAUGAACCCUGGAGUUACUUUUGUUCUCGAAAAGGCCUCCUUGGUGCCUGCUUAUGUCGGCAAGAAGUACCAGAUUUUAAAUCCAGAAAUACACGGGGACUUCCUUCGGAAAAAGAAUAUGGAUCCUUAUAAAUACAGACCUGACAUUGUUCACGAGGCCCUCCUUCAAAUUAUGGAUACCCGACUUUGCAUGGCCGGCAGACUGCAGCCGGUGUAUGUUAAAACUGACCAAGGGGUUCUCAUCAAAGUCGAACCACAUGCUCGUAUACCAGAAUCAUUGGACAAGUUUUGUGCUAUGAUGUCACAAUUGUUGCAAAAGCUCCGCAUUAAAGCCAAGGGUCGACGUGAUACACUCUUGCGUGUGGUUCAGAACCCUAUAUCUCAGCAUUUACCUUCCAACUCCGUCAAAAUAGGCCUUUCCGUCAGUUCGCAAAAGGAAGUUCUGCUACGGGAGUAUGUAAAUGCUGUCAGCAAUAAUGCCAACCUUGUUUUUGUGGUUGGUGCCAUGGCUCAUGGGAAAAUUGAUAGCGAGUAUGUGGACGAUUUCAUAUCAGUUUCUGGAUAUCCACUGAGCGCUGGGGUGUGCCUGAGAAGUAUAUGUAUAGCAUUGGAGAGAAAGUGGAAUAUUUUGUGAAACAACUGUCAUUAGUAUGGUAUGGAUUAGAAACUCUUAUGAGCGUGCUAUCUUGGUUGCGGAGGAUGGAUAGAAGAAUUAUGGAGCUUUUUUGCGGAGUUUUUGUUUAAUUUAUGGUCUGUAUCACGGACUCUCUGCAAGUUGACAAGUUUAAUGGCAGUAGAUUCUUGUUAACGAAUAAGAGCGCGGUACUUAAGUAUUGGAGAAGAUAAGUCAAGUGCUUGUUGGAAACCUUCCUUCACUUUUUGAGCAUUUGAAGUUGCGUUGUAUGUGCCUUGUA